AUGCCCCCCCGCCAGCCCCCUCGGCAGGCGGGGGGAGGGCUCAGCCGGGAGUUUGGCAAACUCCUCCCCGCGUUGAGUCAUUCGCCUCUGGGAGGUUUAGGAAGCGGCUCCGGGUCGGUGGCCCCAGGACAGGGAAGAGCGGGCGCUAUGGGGAGCCGGACGUCAGAGUCCCCUCUCCACGCCGUGCAGCUCCGCUGGGGCCCCCGGCGCCGACCCCCGCUGCUGCCGCUGCUGUUGCUGCUGCUGCCGCCGCCACCCAGGGUCGGGGGCUUCAACUUAGACGCGGAGGCCCCAGCAGUGCUCUUGGGGCCCCCGGGCUCCUUCUUCGGAUUCUCAGUGGAGUUUUACCGGCCGGGAACAGACGGGGUCAGUGUGCUGGUGGGAGCACCCAAGGCUAACACCAGCCAGCCAGGAGUGCUGCAGGGUGGUGCUGUCUACCUCUGUCCUUGGGGUGCCAGCCCCACACAGUGCACCCCCAUUGAAUUUGACAGCAAAGGCUCUCGGCUCCUGGAGUCCUCACUGUCCAGCUCAGAGGGAGAGGAGCCUGUGGAGUACAAGUCCUUGCAGUGGUUCGGGGCAACAGUUCGAGCCCAUGGCUCCUCCAUCUUGGCAUGCGCUCCACUGUACAGCUGGCGCACAGAGAAGGAGCCACUGAGCGACCCCGUGGGCACCUGCUACCUCUCCACAGACAACUUCACUCGAAUUCUGGAGUAUGCACCCUGCCGCUCAGAUUUCAGCUGGGCAGCAGGACAGGGUUACUGCCAAGGAGGCUUCAGCGCCGAGUUCACCAAGACUGGCCGUGUGGUUUUAGGUGGACCAGGAAGCUAUUUCUGGCAAGGCCAGAUCCUGUCUGCCACUCAGGAGCAGAUUGCAGAAUCUUAUUACCCCGAGUACCUGAUCAACCUGGUUCAGGGGCAGCUGCAGACUCGCCAGGCCAGUUCCAUCUAUGAUGACAGCUACCUAGGAUACUCUGUGGCUGUGGGUGAAUUCAGUGGUGAUGACACAGAAGACUUUGUUGCUGGUGUGCCCAAAGGGAACCUCACUUACGGCUAUGUCACCAUCCUUAAUGGCUCAGACAUCCGAUCCCUCUACAACUUCUCAGGGGAACAGAUGGCCUCCUACUUUGGCUAUGCAGUGACUGCCACAGACAUCAAUGGGGACGGGCUGGAUGACUUGCUGGUGGGGGCACCCCUGCUCAUGGAUCGGACCCCUGACGGGCGGCCUCAGGAGGUGGGCAGGGUCUACAUCUACCUGCAGCACCCAGCCGGCAUAGAGCCCACGCCCACCCUUACCCUCACUGGCCAUGAUGAGUUUGGUCGAUUUGGCAGCUCCUUGACCCCCCUGGGGGACCUGGACCAGGAUGGCUACAAUGAUGUGGCCAUCGGGGCUCCCUUUGGUGGGGAGACCCAGCAGGGAGUAGUGUUUGUAUUCCCUGGGGGCCCAGGAGGGCUGGGCUCUAAGCCUUCCCAGGUUCUGCAGCCCCUGUGGGCAGCCAGCCACACCCCAGACUUCUUUGGCUCUGCCCUUCGAGGAGGCCGAGACCUGGAUGGCAACGGAUACCCUGAUCUGAUUGUGGGGUCCUUUGGUGUGGACAAGGCUGUGGUAUACAGAGGCCGCCCCAUCGUGUCCGCCAGUGCCUCCCUCACCAUCUUCCCUGCCAUGUUCAACCCAGAGGAGCGCAGCUGCAGCUUAGAGGGGAACCCUGUGGCCUGCAUCAACCUUAGCUUCUGCCUCAAUGCUUCUGGAAAACACGUUGCUGACUCCAUUGGCUUCACAGUGGAACUUCAGCUGGACUGGCAGAAGCAGAAGGGAGGGGUACGGCGGGCACUGUUCCUGGCCUCCAGGCAGGCAACCCUGACCCAGACCCUGCUCAUCCAGAAUGGGGCUCGAGAGGAUUGCAGAGAGAUGAAGAUCUACCUCAGGAACGAGUCAGAAUUUCGAGACAAACUCUCCCCGAUUCACAUCGCUCUCAACUUCUCCUUGGACCCCCAAGCCCCAGUGGACAGCCACGGCCUCAGGCCAGCCCUACAUUACCACAGCAACAGCCGGAUAGAGGACAAGGCUCAGAUCUUGCUGGACUGUGGAGAAGACAACAUCUGUGUGCCUGACCUGCAGCUGGAGGUGUUUGGGGAGCAGAACCAUGUGUACCUGGGUGACAAGAAUGCCCUGAACCUCACUUUCCAUGCCCAGAAUGUGGGUGAGGGUGGCGCCUAUGAGGCUGAGCUUCGGGUCACCGCCCCUCCAGAGGCUGAGUACUCAGGACUCGUCAGACACCCAGGGAACUUCUCCAGCCUGAGCUGUGACUACUUUGCCGUGAACCAGAGCCGCCUGCUGGUGUGUGACCUGGGCAACCCCAUGAAGGCAGGAGCCAGUCUGUGGGGUGGCCUUCGGUUUACAGUCCCUCAUCUCCGGGACACUAAGAAAACCAUCCAGUUUGACUUCCAGAUCCUCAGCAAGAAUCUCAACAACUCGCAAAGCGACGUGGUUUCCUUCCGGCUCUCCGUGGAGGCUCAGGCCCAGGUCACCCUGAACGGUGUCUCCAAGCCUGAGGCAGUGCUAUUCCCAGUAAGCGACUGGCAUCCCCGAGACCAGCCUCAGAAGGAGGAGGACCUGGGGCCUGCUGUCCACCAUGUCUAUGAGCUCAUCAACCAAGGCCCCAGCUCCAUUAGCCAGGGCGUGCUGGAGCUCAGCUGUCCCCAGGCUCUGGAAGGUCAGCAGCUCCUAUAUGUGACCAGAGUUAUGGGACUCAACUGCACCACCAAUCACCCCAUUAACCCAAAGGGCCUGGAGUUGGAUCCCGAGGGUUCCCUGCACCACCGGCAAAAACGGGAAGCUCCAAGCCGCAGCUCUGCUUCCUCGGGACCUCAGAUCCUGAAAUGCCCGGAGGCUGAGUGUUUCAGGCUGCGCUGUGAGCUCGGGCCCCUGCACCAACAAGAGAGCCAAAGUCUGCAGUUGCAUUUCCGAGUCUGGGCCAAGACUUUCUUGCAGCGGGAGCACCAGCCAUUUAGCCUGCAGUGUGAGGCUGUGUACAAAGCCCUGAAGAUGCCCUACCGAAUCCUGCCUCAGCAGCUGCCCCAAAAGGAGCGUCAUGUGGCCACAGCUGUGCAAUGGACCAAGGCAGAAGGCAGCCAUGGUGUCCCACUGUGGAUCAUCAUCCUAGCCAUUCUAUUUGGCCUCCUGCUCCUAGGUCUACUCAUCUACAUCCUCUACAAGGUCAGCCACAUCCUGCUUGUGACUUGGCCACCCUAUCCUCAGGCUCUGCCCUUGACCUGGCACAGUCCCAAGUAUCUACCUCUAGACCAUUUCACCAGCCAUGUGCCCCCACCUCUGUCCUGCCUACAUGCAUCCCAUCCUAACCCUUCCUAUAGGAUCCCUCCCUUCAUUCUAUAGCCCCUAGCUUAGAAAGGGUCCUCUUGACUCAAGAUGAUAGGUUUGCCUAUACUUGUAAAAUCACUGGAACCCAAAGAUGACAAAUACAUGGCAUUUGUGCUGUCAGUUUCUCCAAAAAUCCAUGGCAGCCAUCACUAACCUAGAAAUGGCUACUGAUCAUCUCCUAGAAGUGGCUUCAGAAUCUCUCUCAAGAGGCAGCCAUGGCCAGGUGUGGUGGCUCACACCUGUAAUCCCAACAUUUUGGGAGGCCAGGGUGGGAAGACAGCUUGAGCCCAGGAAUUCAAGACCAGCCUGGGUAACACACUAGGACCUUGUCUCUACAAAAAAAACACAAAGAUUAGCCAGGUUUGGUGGUGCGUGCCUAUAGUCCCAGCUACUCUGGAGGCUGAGGUGGGAGGAUCGCUUGAGCCCAGGAGUUUGAGGCUACAGUGAGCCAUGAUCAUGCCACUGCACUCCAGGCUGGUCAACAGAGUGAGACCCUGUCUCAAAAACAAACAAACAAAAGCAGCCACUACUAAGCAAUCAGACUUGGCAUUUGAGUUCAAACCUAUCUGCCAUUUCUGGCUUAACUGGGGAAUUUUAAAGGCACUGGUAAAAGAUACCCCCCAUACAAAAUCACCCCCAAGUUUAGUCCUCCUGGGUCCAUUGCACAACUUAGAGGGGUAGUCCUAGCCUGAAUUCAGAGGCCACUUUUGCAGGAUGUAGAGGUUGGAGGCACUAGAGUCCUCCUUAUUACUUCUUGGAAUAAGAGCUGUGGAGAAAUGGAAGCAAUAGUACCUAAACUCUCCCUCUUUUCCCCUUUAUCAGCUCGGAUUCUUCAAACGCUCCCUCCCAUAUGGCACCGCCAUGGAAAAAGCUCAGCUCAAGCCUCCAGCCACCUCUGAUGCCUGAGUCCUCCCAAUUUCAGACUCCCAAUCCUGAAGAACCAGUCACCUCACCCUCAUUCUACUGAAAGGGAGGGGUCUGGGUACUUCCUGAAGGUGCUGAUGGCCAGGGAGAAGCUCCUCUCCCCAGCCCAGAGACAUACUUGAAGGGCCAGAGCCAGGGGGGUGAGGAGCUGGGGAUCCCUCCCCCCCAUGCACUGUGAAGGACCCUUGUUUACACAUACCCUCUUCAUGGAUGGGGGAACUCAGAUCCAGGGACAGAGGCCCCAGCCUCCCUGAAGCCUUUGCAUUUUGGAGAGUUUCCUGAAACAACUUGGAAAGAUAACUAGGAAAUCCAUUCACAGUUCUUUGGGCCAGACAUGCCACAAGGACUUCCUGUCCAGCUCCAACCUGCAAAGAUCUGUCCUCAGCCUUGCCAGAGAUCCAAAAGAAGCCCCCAGCUAAGAACGUGGAACUUGGGGAGUAAGACCUGGCAGCUCUGGACAGCCCCAUCCUUGUGGGCCAACAAGGAACACUAACUAUGGAUGGUGCCCCAGGACCAGCUCAGGACAGAUGCCACACAAGGAUAGAUGCUGGCCCAGAGCCCAGCUCCAAGGGGAAUCAGAACUCAAAUGGGGCCAGAUCCAGCCUGGGGUCUGGAGUUGAUCUGGAACCCAGACUCAGACAUUGGCACCUAAUCCAGGCAGAUCCAGGACUAUAUUUGGGCCUGCUCCAGACCUGAUCCUGGAGGCCCAGUUCACCCUGAUUUAGGAGAAGCCAGGAAUUUCCCAGGACCCUGAAGGGGUCAUGAUGGCAACAGAUCUGGAACCUCAGCCUGGCCAGACACAGGCCCGCCCUGUUCCCCAGAGAAAGGGGAGCCCACUGUCCUGGCCCUGCAGAAUUUGGGUUCUGCCUGCCAGCUGCACUGAUGCUGCCCCUCCUCUCUCUGCCCAACCCUUCCCUCACCUUGGCACCAGACACCCAGGACUUAUUUAAACUCUGUUGCAAGUGCAAUAAAUCUGACCCAGUGCCCCCACUGACCAGAACUAGAA